AUGAAAGUAGUGUUUGAUGCAAUUGUAAAAGUGUGCUAUGAAGUAAAGUUGACUAUUGUAGAGAGUGACAAAUCGGAGAGUGAAGGAGAGAGCGUAACGAAAGAGGCUACCACAGAGGCUAACCGGGAUGAUGACGCGACGGAGACGGGGAAACGAAGACAGCGCGACCAAGAUGAAGCGAAGAAGAGAACGCCGACGGAGACGGCGCGACUGAGACUGCGCGACGGAGACGCCGCGAGGGAGACUGCGCGACGGAGACGCCGCGACGGAGACUGCGCAGCACGACGAAGAUGGGCGCGACGGCGCGACGAAGACAGCGCAGCGCGACGGAGAUGGGUGCGACGAUGCGACGACGCGGCGAAGACGGCGCAGCGCGACAGAGAUGGGCGCGACGGCGCGACGAAGACAGCGCAGCACGACGGAGAUGGGCGCGGCGACGCGACGACGCGGCGACGGAGAUGGGCGCGACGACGCGCGAAGACGGCGCAGCGCGACGGAGCUACGACAUGGCUUAGGUUUUCGAUUGAUCAAAUUAGGUUUUCGUUUGGGUGA